AGAAAAUUACAUAUCUAACCUUCCCAAAUCUCUAAUAUUUGAGACAAAUUCGCCCAAAUCCAAUCCCUCUAUCAAAGAAAUCAAGACUACCUCCUUUUAGCCUUCCUCAUCAACAAAAAAAAAAACAGGCCAACUACAUUGAUGACCCAAUUAAAGAUUUCUUAAAAACACUUUUUCACCCUGGUAAUAUUCUUCCACCCAAACAAUACCUAGUCCUAUACUUUCUCAUCCUUUUUCUCCAAAAAAAACUUUCUCAAAACUUCCCUGAAAAAAAACAAAACAAAAAGAAUCUCAAAACAAGAAUAUUUGUUUCUCUUUUAAAAUGUCUAGUGAAUCAGUUACUAUUGAGGGUAAUGAUGGAGUUAAUCUUAGGUCAAGAAUCUUUAAACCUACAAUAAAUUUUAAUAAAGAUGAAAACUUUGGUAUAGUUUUGGUUCAUCCAUAUUCAGUUUUGGGUGGUUGCCAAAGUUUAUUAAGAGGUAUGGCAACUGGGUUAGCAAAUGCAGGUUUUUUAGCUGUAACUUUUGAUAUGAGAGGUGUUGGUAGGUCAACUGGUAGUAAAUCUAUUACUGGGUUUUCUGAGGUUAAGGAUGUAAUUUCAGUUUGCAAAUGGGUUUGUGAAAAUCUCUCUGUUAACAGGAUUCUGCUUGUGGGUUCUUCUGCAGGUGCACCAAUAGCAGGUACAGCAGUUGAUCAAAUUGAGGAAGUGGUAGGUUAUGUGAGUAUAGGAUACCCAUUUGGUAUGAUGGCCUCAAUUCUCUUUGGAAGGCACCACAAGGCUAUUUUGCAUUCCCCGAAACCAAAGCUUUUUGUUAUGGGAACUCGAGAUGGUUUUACGAGUGUCAAGCAGUUGCAGAACAAGCUAAGCUCCGCUGCAGGCCACGUCGAGACUCAUCUUAUUGAAGGCGCUAGCCAUUUUCAAAUGGAAGGUCCUGAUUUUGAUUCUCAGAUGGUUAAUUUGAUUGUAAGAUUUGCAGAAUCGUUGUAGGGCCACGAAAAUAUUGUGAGAUAGUGAGUGAAGCUGCCUCCAUUUGUGUCUCUGUCAACAGUGAGGAGAAAAAUUUGAUAGCGUUGCAACUGAUAAUCCAAUUUCCUGCAGUUGUACUUGCAGAACAAAAAAAAAACAGUAAAAAAUGGUGGUAGGUGCAGAUAAUGUGGUUUUCUUUUUUCUGUUUUGUAUUUUGUUAUGCUUUUACAGAUACCGGAGUGGAUAUUCAACCAUUCAUCAAAGGAAAAGGUUAGACAA